UUAUUCAAGUAUUAAUAGAGAACAUUAUCUUUAUUUAACCUUUAAUUAUCAACAGUUAGGUAAAAUUCCUGAUGAUUUCAGAUGUGAAUUUAUUAAAAAAAAUAGUCUUAAUAGUAAAAUUGUAGAAAAAACUACUUAUUGUUUACAAGAAUAUUUUAAUAUAACUGAGAUUGGUACAUAUUCUAUCUUUAAAGGUGAAAAAAUUUUUCAUAUAAUAACUACUUAUAUUCAUUGGGAUUAUAAUAUCAAGGAAGAAGAAGAUUUAUUUGUUUCAUAUGAUUAG